GAUCUUUGUCUGCUGGCCCCGGAGGGUUUUGCGGUGAAGCGAGUUGAUAGCUGCAUCGCAAGCCUGCAGGAUGCGGAAGCGAUUCUGGAAGAGGCCCAGGCCGAAUAUCCCCACCUGGACAUCGCCGGUCUAAUGCAUGUGGGAGGUGCUGCAGCUUCGAACUCAGCAGGCACCAUUGCCACUGGAGCAGCCCCUGCUUUCGACGAGUCCCUGCGAUCUUUGAGCUUUCUGGUGUCAGCUCUC